CCCAAAGUCCAUCUUCCUCAUAUUUGCUUAAAUUAAACUCCUCCCGAAAUAAAAAUAUUUUUAAGCAAUAAAUUGCCUUAGCCAUCCACCUGGCAUGAUGAAAUCCUCUAGGUGCCCGAAAUAUGAACUGGGAUACCGUACCACCAAGAAAAACUAAAACUAGCUGGAGUAAUUCUUUAUAAUACUCUCGUGGUUGAUUUUCACUGACAUUCUGCAAGGCGAAUUCUAUAAUUUCUGAUGCGUCCACAAGUGUAUCUUUCACAUAGUUAUCCUCAACACCACAUUUGAAAUUCAUUUGAUUUAUUUUCCGCCAACUCUGUUUAAAUCUGUGAAAUAUUUGAACACCAGGACCAGAAGACACUUGCAUUUUUUGUUCAAAUAUGCUCCGCAAAAUUAUUUCCAGAAUGUGAUGUCGGCAGGGUAAAUAUAAAAGGUCUCUCUCUAAUUUUUGCUCUAAAAUUAUACACGCCCCUUGAAAACGUCCCAUAUUGGACGCUGUAGUAUCGCAGCAGAGGGCAGAGAGGAAUGGGAAGGCCCCAUUCGCUGAGCAAGUUGUAUAUGGCUGACGCCUGUUGCUUUCCCGGGAUUCCAAGCAAUUGUUCAGUACCAUUGAAUGAUAUCACUACCGGUAGCCGAUCAACGUGCUCUGAGUUGAUCAAAGAUGGUAAAAUUUUACCAUCCCAAUGAACCACCACUGCAGUUAUUUCCUGGUUUUUGAAGGCGCGAUAAAUUUUUUGGGCAGAUUCAACUCGAAAUCGUGAACGAUACCGUCGAAGGGAGGUUCCGUUUAUAAUGAGGUCGUUAACGCCAUGUUUUAAAGCUUGAGCAGUUGCUAUUAGUAUUCGUACCGCAUCACGAUCACUUACUUUGCAUUUAUCCAGAACUGUGGCAAGCUCGGGUGUAAUAAAGUUGAUUCGCGCCCGAUUUUUCUUUACAUUACUAGGACGCGGCAAAUCGUCGAAAUCUUUGGAUUAAUCUUCAUCAUCUUGCUCAUUUUCACUACCUUCAUCUUCAGUUAACGUGCAUUCGGGAUUUUUACACUCGCCUAUUAAACAACAACACGAAAAGGAAAAAAUUUCUACAUUUUGCAACACACUUGACACAAACAAUAAAAAUAUGGUGAAACUAAAAUUUUUACGCUAAACAACGUCAAACUCGAACCGUAUUAAAUUAUAAUCUUACCAUGGAUGUUAGCAACAUAUUCGCCGCUUUUACGUUUUCCUACAGCUUUGCGAUAGAGUUACCUAUUUUCUUUUUCCAACAAGGCCCGAUCUGAACCAAUCAUUGAACCGGGUCUCCCUUCCUUCCUUUGGCUUAGAAGAAAUAAUUUAUCUUCCUCAAUCGUAAUUAUUUUUAGGGCAUCAGCGUGGGCAAUGUCAAAAAGUUAAUAAAAGUUGCAACAAAAUCUUGCUCCCGAUUUUCCUGCGUUGUUGUCCGGCGAUUAGAGCUCUUCUGCAACCCCUUCCAUUCCUGAUACAAGCCUUCAAGUUUUAAAACACUUUUGUCCACAUUCUUCGUUGGUAUUCGUGCUUUAGCCCAAAAAACCUCCACUUCUAGCAGCACCACGGAGACUAAAUUUUACUUAACGAAGGUUAUAAAAAAGCAAACGCAAAACUUGUUCGUUGGAUGGCAACUUAGCACCGACAAUUUGGCUUUCAUCAUAGUCAAGGAGAUAUAACUUUUCUUGUGCCCUGGUUUCCAUUUUUAACUUAAUUUAAUUUAAUUGUCUUAUUUAAAUUACACGAAGUAGCACACUUUAUACUUCUUGAUAAACUAAAUAAUUAUCACGUCUGUAUAUGCUCGACCGAAUUCACAGAAUAAUAGUAUUUUUAAAAAUUCUUUUAAAUGAAUAUGCGAAUCAUGAAGGAGGCCAUGACUUCAAUAACAAUCAGUUUUUCAAAAACAUAUUUGAAUAAUUUUGCUACAUUCCAUAAUCCUAAAGGUAUAACCGUGCCAUAAUAUAUAACAACGACAGCGACAACCUAACAGCUGAUGCAAAUGUUGUAAAUUUUUAGCAUUUUCCUCACUUUCUCGAUUAGUUUUUAGUAAAAAUCCAUUUUCGGACUAAUUUAACUAUUUCUAAUAAUUUAAAUAAGUUUUAAAUGUAAGUAAUAAGUGUCUCGAAAAUUUAUCGCGCUUGGCCGCCUUGUCAAAAUAGAAAUAGAUUUAAUCUGGCGACAGCGGCAGUCAUGAUUGACUGCCCCGUAGUCGUGUCGCGCCCAAAAAAGUCAUCGCCAUUGAAUCAUGUGAAAAAAUAAUUUCACAGUUGUCGCGAUACCGCGGCCAUCUCCAAUGUGGGCAGGCUAAUAGUUGAGCAAAAAUCAAGUAAAAAUACAAAUUCAAGCAGGCCGGAAAAAAUGCAACGAAUGGGAAAAAUCUUUAAAUUCCGUAAAUCAAUAAGCGAUUGCUUAGGUUAUACGGUUAUCGUUAUCGUUUAUGGUUAUAAAUAUGGCCUAAACUAAAGAUGAUUACGAUUUUAACGUUAGUUGACACUUUCGUGACAGUAAUUCCAUGGAACAUUAUAUUCCGCUGUAAGUAUUUUCUACACUGCUAGUCAUAUCAGAUGCAUUCUAUGGUUAUGGUUAUGUCACCAUAAGUUUAUUCUUCAAUGUCUCGGUUAUAAAUUUAUUAUAAAUAAUGCCAUAAUACUAAUUUGUCAGUCAACAUCGUAGUUAUUCAAAAUUUGUAAAACAUGGUCACUUUACCCUCGUUGCGGCACGUCUUCCCAUUAUCCUAUCGCCAAAAUUUUUUGCAGAACAUAAUAUUAUACUCUAAUGCAAGUUUUGGGGGGGUGUGAGACCCUGUACGCUAUAUUUUUUUUUCUUCGGUAUAGCUAAGGUGCACCCUAAUGUAUAUACAUAUGCUCACAUGGAUAUCUUUCAGAAAUUUUAUAUCUAGAACUCUAUACCUUUGUCUCUUCUCACCCCGCUUUUCAUUAUCUCUCAUCAAUAUUACAUUUUCCACUACCUCCCCACAGCAAUAUGAAACUAUCAUAUAUGUAUACACAUCAAAGAGCUGCAACGAGUACGAUUAAAUCAGAUCAAACAUUCGUGACAAAAAGUCACUCAAAUCAAUUCAGUUAAUCAUAGACAACGUUGUUGAUCGAUUCGAGUACCCGCCAGCGUCAACUGAUUUGAUGCAACACGAGCAAUCUGUUCUUAGGCAAUCGAGUAAACUGUAUGGCUGGCUUCGGUUCCAAUCGUAUCAUGUCAGUUAAUAGCGUUGCGACGAUUGUUUGAAUCGAUGUGAACCUGCGGGUAAACUACGAGUAAAUCUACGAGUUCAGCAAACAACAACAAUUUUAUUUUGGAUUGAUUUCAAUCAUGUAUGGCAAAACAUGUAUUAACUUUGAACAUCUGCGCAUGUUACAAAUUUUCGAUACAUACAACAAAUGUAUGUAUGUAUAUACGUAUGUACGUACUCGAUGAAAUUUCCAAUAUACAUAUGUACAUAAUGCACAUACAGUGAGUUCGUAAAGUGUUCACGUAUAGUAAUAGUGCAUUGCUGCUGAUCUUUAAAAAAAUUAACAUUCAAAUUAAAUUAUGUUUUAGGAAAAGUAACACUUUUUAACAUAAACAAGCACAUCAUUUAAUAAUCUCUUUUGGCUAUGGUAGAUAUAAAGUAAUACAAUUUAUGUGAACAUUAUUUGGACUUAGAGGUAAAGUAACGAUUGAAGUUCAAUAUCUAAUAACUUGUGGGACCGCCUUUAGCUUUAAUGACUGCUUUAAUACGGUCAGGUAUAGAGUUGAUUAGAUUAUCUAAAAUUUUCGGAAAAAAGCUAUUCCAAACUCGUUCAACAUGAGUCCAGAGUUUAUCUAUGGUUUUUGGUAUUUCUUUUUGAACAAUUAACCGUUUUUUAACAAUCGCCGAUUCAUAUCGGGUGACUUAGCUGGCCACUCCACCACCCGAAUUCGGUUAUUUUUCAACAAAGGUUUUUUAAUACGGACGGAAUGUUUAGGGUCAUUGUAAUGCAUGUGUAACAAAUCACCGGGUUCACAUCCAAAAAUCUAGAAGGUAGAGAUAAGUGAAUCCUCUAGAAUGAUAAUAUAGUCCGUGGCAUCCAUUAUUCUGUUUUUCUGCCACAGAAACAACCCCACACCAUAAGUAAACCACCUCCGAAUUUAAGCGCGUGCAGCAUAUUCCUAGCCGUGGGAUCGCAUCGCUUGUCAUACCAUGUACAAAUGCGUGUAUCUGAAUUAUUUACGUUUCGUGAGACUAAAUUACUAGUUUGAACUGUUCGCUUAUCCAGUUUUUGUGUUCUUUCAAAAAUUUCAUUCCAGCCGCUUUGUUCUUCGCUGACAUAAUCAUUAGUUUUGCACGCAUAUUGGAACGUUUCAGCGAAUUUCGAAUGGUAUUGUUACGUACUCUAGUGCCUAAAGACGACAAUAACACUUUUCUAACCUCCACUGCGUUUUUAGCUGAUUCAGUCAUGAUAAGACGCCGUAAAGUCCUUUCUGUUUCAGGAGUGGUUUUUAAGCCUGCCUACAUUUUUGUGUGGUGUGUUAAUAUUGUUUUGUUUGUUUUUUUUAUUUUGCUGAUGACACCAAUUGAAAUUUUAUGUUUUUGAGCAAUCUCUCAAACUGAAACCUUCACCUGCAAGUCCGAACAUAUGGCUUUUUGCAAAAGAAGUUCUUUUAGUCCUGUCUAAAAAUUGACCAGGUUUAAUAAAUUACCAAUUUUUCGAUAAAAUUAUUAAAAAAUGCUAACAACUAUUUUGUAACAACGAAAUUAGCUACUUACUGCGUCGCAUCAGCUCAGAAAGUGUUCACGUGUGUUUACGGAUUUGAACUGUAAUUAUUCAAAUUUAAAUAAACUUGGAAAUCUACCGAAGUGGGCUUUGAAAACUAGAAUGUCGAUGCCAUAUAACAGCAAAAUAUGUUUCUUGAAGUAUUGUCAUAUUUGGAUGAAAUUCAAUGAGAAAAGUAAUAUUUGCAUUACGGGAACACUUUUUGAACUCACUUUAUAUACAUAUGUAUGUAUUUGGAAUAGAACAGAAGUGCACGAGUAAAUCAGUGUUUAGGGGAUGAUAUACAAACCGAACCCUGUCGAUCAUUUCAAUCAUUGAAGCAUUAGUAUGCAUCACUUCGGGUAUUUUCUACCAAUGCGAACGUGCAUAAACCAAUCGGGUAUAAGCUGAUCGCUAGUGAUUGAAAGUUGUUCUUUAUCGCUGAUUUGAAGACAAACGGUUCGAUUCGUGUUCAUGAACCGAAUUGACAGAAUCAGACAAAGUAACGGAUCAAUGCCCGAAUGUGAACAAAAUCUUAUUACUCGUUACAGUUCUUAUACACAUAUAGGACUUAACUUUUCACCAUGCAUACAUAUAUCUCCACUUUUUACCACGAAUGCUAUUAGCUGCAUACUACUGUCCGUUCUAUUUGUAAAACACGUUCUCUCAUUUUCACAGAGAUAACUCACAUAUUGACCAAUAUAUGCGGUACAAAGUCACCUCAAAGUUCGAAAGUCUUUAUUUUAAGUAAAUGGGGGUAAAGGGUAGUAUUGAUCCAAUUUAAUCCGUUUUUGACAUACAGACAUACCAUUAUAAGAGAAGUAUUAUCCCUUAAUUUGUUAUAUACAUAUGUAUCACCGAGAAUUUCGAUCAAAAAUGAACAAAGGGUAUCGGGGUCUAAAUAUUCGGCACCAAGGGACUUGAAUUGUUUAUGUUGGAUUUAAAUAAUUUUAUGUCAUAAGGUUUAUGUAAUGGAAAGCAAAAUAAUCAAGAGGAAUUUAAAAUUAUGCUAUAUGGGAAGUAGGCGUGGUUAUUGUCCGAUUUCGUUCAUUUUCGAAAUUUACUAGUACCGUUAUAUGGAGAGUGAGCGGGGUUAUUCUUCAAUUACAUCCAUUUUCACAGUCUCGGAAGAAUUUCAUAUAAUAAUUGUACUGAGCGAAUUUGGUUAAUAUAGCUUAAGUGGUUUAGGAGAUGUAUACGAGGGCUGUCCGAUAAAUAACCGACCUCAACGUGAAGCUAGCGGCACAUCUGAAAAAAAAGUUUCUACUUCAAAUUGUGCAUAUUAUAAUAGCUACUCGCCAAAUUUUCAGAAAUCUAUCUUGCGCAAUUAUCUGUUGACAGUCGUUUUUGUGAGUCUAUUUCGGUGAUUUCCCCAAAAUGGAAAAAAUUUAAUAUCGAGCUGUAAUUAAAUUUUUAUUUUUGAAAGGCAAUACGCCUUCACAAAUCAAAGAUGAGUUGGACUCUGUGUAUGGUGACUCUGCACCAUCGUUUACCACCGUAAAAUUUUGGGCAGCUGAAUUUAAACGUGGUCGCAGGAGCUUGGAAGAUGAUGAACGUCCUGGGCGUCCAAAAACUGUAACCACUAACGAUAACAUCGCUAAAGUUCAUCAAUUUGUACUAGACGACCGCCGGAUUAAAGUUAGGGAAAUAGCUGAGAUUAUGAAGAUGUCAAAAGAAACUGUUUGUCACAUAAAGUUCAUCAAUUUGUACUAGACGACCGCCGGAUUAAAGUUAGGGAAAUAGCUGAGAUUAUGAAGAUGUCAAAAGAAACUGUUUGUCACAUAUUAAACCAAGAUUUGGGCCUGAGAAAGCUGUCCGCGCGUUGGGUGCCGCGUUUGCUUACGCUAGACCACAAACGUGCACGCAUGAACAUUUCCAGCGCUCUGUUGGCUCAGUUUAGAGGCAAUAAGACCAAGUUUUGGCGCCGAUUGAUAACUGUAGACGAAACUUGGAUUCAUCAUUAUACGCCCGAAACAAAAAACCAAUCUAAAAAGUGGAUUGAAAAGGGGGAACCAGCCCCAAAAAAACCUAAAGCUGUGUAUUCGGCUGGGAAAGUGAUGGCGAGUGUUUUUUGGGACAGCCAUGGAAAAAAUAAUUCCGACUAUUUUGAAAAAGGAAAAACUAUAACAGGAGCAUACUACGCAUCAUUAUUGGACAAGCUAAAGGAAGAAAUUUCGAAAAAUCGUCCACAUUUGCAAAAAAAGAAAGUCUUGUUCCACCAAGACAACGCACCAUCUCACACCUCAACAGUCUCCAUGGCGAAAAUCCACGAAUUGUGUUUCGAACUGCUUGACCAUCCACCUUAUUUACCGGAUCUAGCACCAAGCGACUUUUUUUUGAUUCCUCAACUUAAAACUGCGCUCGGCGGCCAGAGAUUUUCGUCAAAUGAGGAGGCAAUCUCUUUCGUGAACUCGUAUUUUGCAGACAAAGACGCCAAGUACUAUUUGGAAGGGUUGCAGAGAUGGGAGCAUCGCUGGGAGAAGUGUGUGGAGUUACAAGGAGACUAUGCAGAAAAAUAAAAAAAAAAUUUUGAAAAAGUCGCGUGCAUCAUAGUUAGGUCGGUUAUUUAUCGGACAGCCCUCGUAUUAACUCGACCAGUCACCAAACUGUGUUUUCUUCCAAACAGAGAAGAACAAUUUCAACCAAAACCGCAAAAUAACUUGCAAAAUUAAUCGAAAAAUAAUAAAUCAAUUCCGCUAAUUCGAAAAUUACCCGUUUUAUAAUCCGUACAUAAAAAUAAAUUCAAACAAGCGCGUUGAAGAUCAACCUAUUAUACAUAUACAUAUGUAUAGAUAUGUAGGAACAACAACUACAUCAAAACAUUAUAAAUAAAAUCAAUCUUAUAUUCCCAUAGAAAUAGACGUAGAGGAGACCCAAACCACCUCCAAAACCGUAAGGUCCGAAAUCGCUGCACCCAAAGCGUCGGCUGCACCCGUUGCUGCUCCAAGGACCAAUGUUAUGCGCCCACCGCCUUCCGCCGCAGCAGUCAGGGAAAUAAGAGAAGAGCAGCUAGUGGAGCCACAGGGGCCUCCAUGUUGCAGCCUGUGCCAUCGCCCACACGCCCUGAAACGAUGCACCAUCUUCCAAAGUAUGAAGCCCGCUGAAUGGCAGCAGGUUGCAAGGGCCCACGGGCAUUGCAUGACCUGCCUGACAGAUGGCCACACCACCAUAGAGUUCUGGGCUGACGGUGCCUGUCAAUAUUGCCAAUAUCGAUUUCUCACACGAGCCAAUCACACCAACUCCCGUACCAGACCACACAGCGAUCCUAUCCGGCGACGACGACGCACCCAACCAACCACAACACGUACACAGCCAUCUCCGCCACGCUCAUCGCCAGCAACAACGACGCUCAACAGUCUUGAGCGCUGUACUCAGUACACUACAACAUCUGCAACGGCUCCUGGCCGAUUAAUUCGCCUAGGGGGGCCGGGAUGUUCACAUGAGCUAUGAGCGUUCUGUAGGAUCCCACAUGGCAUCACCUCACGUCACACCGCAUCACGCCACGUCACAACACCUAAUCACACAACAGUUCACAGCACACACCACUACACACACACGCAUCAAACACAGUACCUGACACCGCUCACUAUUACAACACAACAACCACACGAUCAUCAACGAGACGACUCGGAUUAAUCUAAUAUUCACCACCCAAACUAUCAAAAGGGAUAGAUCCGAACGGGAUUUUUCUAUUUGUGUCUUCCCGCCAAAGUGGCGUUGUGACGUGAGUUCCCGGAUUUCGCCGCAGUGUCAGUGUGUGAAAACCAAAACAGAAAGAAAAAAAAUUAAAUUGUUAUACUAAUAGAAAAAAAAAAAAAUACAUCUACUCAAUUAGUGAAAUCAACUUAAUAAAAAUUGAAUACAGUGUGCGCUAGAAAGUGUUUUUAUUUGGCAUAAGUAUACUACAAGUAUAUCGAGUAAGUAUACUAGUGUUACACGUUAACAACGCCCUAAGAGAAGAGAUAUGCCUGCUUACUAAAGAGCAACGUAUCACCAAAAGUGCUCAGUUACUUGCUUGAGCUUGUCUAGUUUUCAAAUGAAUUUAAAAUUUUACUACUUAAUGUUAGGCUUUUAAAACAAAAAAUAGAUCUAAUAAAUAAGGAAGUAUUGCAAAGAAUAUGUCCAACCCCACCUCAUCGAACGUUGCGUUGGUCGCCACUUUAAAUAAAUAAAACGAUAAACGCACUACCACCGUUAAGAUCUCGUACCUUGUGUAUCCUUACGCCAAGCGAAGGAUUCCCCUCCUUAACGACCUUUUUUAUUAGAGGGAGCACAGGUGCUGGAGAUGCCGUCAUUGGUGCAGAUGGACCCGGCAUUGACCUGGCGGCGAAAGGUGCCCCCCGCAACUUCCUUUAAGAGCGUCAACCUGUCCGCGCCCCAACAAAAAUAGUUCCCGAAAGACUAACGUCUGAACAAUGUUUGCAAAUCCUUCAAAUUUAUUACAAAAAUUCACGUUCGGUAAAGAAUGUGUUUUGUGCACUUCGCUCAACUUAUGGUCACCUUAAUCGGCCUACUGUGCGUACUUUUCGCAACACUAUCACCCAGAAUUCAAUAUUGGAUAAUAUUCGACCGAAAAAACCAUGUCCAGCACGUGCUGAAGAAUAUAUAGAAGCCGUCGUUGAACUACACACUGGCCACAAAAGAUCGUGUGAUUUCAUACCGUAAAAUUUUUUUAUGUGGGGAUAUGCUUCGAUUCAGGCCCUAGAGCUUGACAUGAGAGUCACGGUGUAGAUCCGAGUGGCGAAUGCGAACAUAGGCUUGUGUUUGCUGCUUCUAUUUUUACUUUGCAUACAACCUCUGCCGAGGUGGAAUACAGGAUUACUUUCGAAUAUAUAAAGGAAUAUACUUAUGUAAACCUUUGUUGGUGAACGUGUAUUGACUUCGUCUAGUUUGAGGUUAUGCAACGUCUCUGUGUCCUUUCAGCUAUUUAUUUAAUUGAAGUUUGCAUUCUGCUGAACUAUUCUAUUUCCUUUUUACGGCCGUAAUGAUGCUUUGCAUAUGUUGUUAUUUGUUAUUUGCAUAAUAAGCUGGUUGUUGCGAUGUACUUGGCCGGCUUUAGAAUGUUGAGAUUUAAAUCGAAAUUGAUUAAUUUGGUCAACAACUUUUAUAUGUGUUGUUGGUUGAAUUCCACUUUCAUGUUGCCAAGUUUUCCGUUCCCAUAUUUAAAAAAUUUGGACUGUGAAUGGGCAAAAUGUUUUUUUCUUCAUCGCUUUUUGUCCAGGAUCCGUUGGUCUUUCUGAUAGGAGGAUUUGGUAAUAUUGCUUUCUGAAUAUUUUUUACAACUUACCUAAGAGUGUAAGCUUCUUGGUAUGGUUUGAUGUGUUUUGAUUUUUAAAUUUUCUGAUUUUGUUUGCUGGGAAAAUUGGUUAAAGUCUUCAGUUUUGUUUUAUAUUGAGGGAUUCGCGUAUUUUUUACACAGUUUCAACAUUUUCUUUAUGACAUUAUGGAUGGCUGAAUAUUUAGUUUUAUAGUAUUUUUGCUUCACAACAUGAGUACUUUUCUAAGCCGACUAGUGAACAAUUUUCAUAAAUUUAUCUACUUAAUUUUCCAAAAUUUAUGGGAAUACUAUUUUUCUUUUAAACUCAAUUUUUUUUACCAGUAUAACUUUCAACUCCUAAAUGGUCAUUUAGGCUUAGAUAUACUGGUUAGUGGUCUGAAUUUCAGUCUAGGCCAUUUUCCAGGGCAAUAAAAUCCUUAGAUAUUUGCCGGGUUAUGAAAAAAUCUAUCACAUAAUAUAACUUUCGUUUGUCAGUAGGCCAUUAAAUCCAGACAUGAAGUCGCAUCCAGUUUCUACAGGCUCUUUAAGGAGCUUUCAUCCCUUUUUGGUUGUAACUCUUGGACUCCAUUGCGAAUAUUUAACUUAGUCAUUUCUCAGGAUGAAUUUUUCGUCAGGCUUUAAAUUGAGCUCUCUAUAUAAAUUGUUUUUCAUCUUACUUGUAUGUCUAAGUAGGCCAUAAAGGUAGUAGUAUUUUUCAAAGACCAUAGUCAACCCAUCGGUCGUAACUUGAAAUUCAGAGAUGCUUAUAUUCGUUUCUUCUAAAUGAUGUAGUGUAUUGGGUUGUCAAAAAAGUCGUGCGGUAUUUUCGCUAGUUGGUGCUGAAAGUGCGUAGUUCUAGUUUUAUUCGUCGCAUCGGGUCAUGCCAUACCUUUUUGGAAUGCUCAUUUCACGCGCUAACACGUGUUUGAUUGAUUGUCUUUUCUUUUAAGUCGUUCGUGAUGGAGCAAAAUAAAGAGAAAAUACGGGAUAUUUUACAGUACUACUACGAUAAAGGCAAAAAUGCAUCUCAAGCCGCCAAUAAAAUUUGUGCAGUUUAUGGAUCCGAUACAGUUUCCAUUUCCACCGCACAACGAUGGUUUCAACGUUUUCGUUCUGGUGGAGAGGUGGUCGAAGAUGCGCCACGCUCCGGAAGGCCUGCCAUCGAAAAUUGCGAUAAAAUCGCUGAAUUGGUCGAAAGAGACCGGCAUAUUAGCAGCCGUAGCAUCGGUCAAGAGCUGGGCAUGAGUCAUCAAAAAUUAAUUUGAAUUUCAAUAAAAAUACCGCAAGCCUUUUUGACAACCCAAUAUUAUCUCUGAUAAUUAUGACACGGCGUUGUUAUUUGGAUGAUUGAAGCAAUAUGUCUUAUAGUUUUUGAACUUAACGAAAGUUUAAUUUGUAAAAUGAGUUUCCGAUGUAAGAAAAAUAUUAACUUUUUCAAGAUGUAUCUAAUUCGUUUCUAUGUUUAAGUAAGCCAUUUACAUUGCAAGUCAUAAUUUCUAUGAGUUACAUGUUUGUACCCUAUUUUCCUUUAGCUGUAACACUAGUUCGGUAAGGCGUUGGUGAGUAGAUCUGUUUUUCUCUUCCAGCUUAUUCAGCACCAGAAAAGAGGUAAUAUCACUAACAUUAGGACUUUUUUUGGUGUUCAGGCUUAUAUUGUCGAAUUUUGUUAGAGUUUUUAACUAUGUUGGCAAAUGACGGUUUAUCGGAAUGCUUGUUUGUGGUAUCACCUUCAUUCAAUGGAGCUGUAGCUACGCUUGCACUAUAGCGUUUGGGCUGAUAAGGCCUUAUAUUUUUUUGGCGUAAAACGUCUUUAAAAUAGCGCCGAAACAUACGGGUACCAGGUUUAAAAAGUGGACCGUAAUGAAAAGGUGUAUAUCAUCGUACCUUAAUAAUUAAUAACUAUAAGUCUUAGAAACCAAAGUGUGGUGUGAAUAUUUCGCUUAUAUAGUCAGCUCGCUGUUAACUGUGCGACACCGGCGCUUUCGAUUGUUUCUAUUCAGUGUAACUCGUUUAUUUUAACCGAUUGAUUUAUACAAAAAUAAGUGUAAUUUGGACAGUAAUUGUAUUUAAAAUAACCAGAAAGUAAAUAAUAAUAAUAUAUAAAAAUUUUGGUAUGUCGCCUUCAGCUCGUGCAAGAGCCAGCCAGAAAUAUAAAUUACGGCUAUCGUUACAAAGAGGGGGCUAUGGGCCACGCAUAGAUACCCCAAUGUCUGGCGCCGAGCGAGCGAGACGGUUUCGGGAACGUCGCAAAGCUGCUGCCGCUGACCUCGCGAGUACCUCUACCACUGGAAUACCUAUACUUAUGGACAUAACGAAUGAACAGACGAUCGAUAUAUCUAUUGGAUCUGACACAGAACUGAGAGACGUCAAUAUCAGUAGAAGUGAAGCAAUGCAAAAUCAUUGACGUUCAGCGGACAAACGCUUCAAAACGGUAUUUGACCUGCUAUACAAAUUGAACGAUCGGAAUCAAGUUCUUGUAUAGAAAAAUUUUACAUUUGACAAGAUAUAUUCACGAAAUUUGGUAUGGAUUACUACUUAAGGUAAUAACAUAAUCUCCAAAAAAAUUGUUCAGGUCGGAUUACAAUAGCAUAUAGCUGCCAUACAAACUGAUCGAUCAGAAGCAAGUUCUUGUCACAUUUGAUAAGAUAUAUUCACGAAAUUUGGUAUAGAUUAUUUAUUGAAAUACUUAAAAAAGCGUCAAUCUUGUUUUCAUUUCAAUCUUUUAUUUAAAAGCCAUUCGCUAACAUAGAGCACAGCCCCACACGAUUUUUUUUGGUCGUGUUUAUAAUUUUUUUUUUUACACUUUAAAUCCUCUAUAGUUGCAGGGUUAUUGCAGUUACAGCAUUUGGUGGAAGUUCAGCUGCUUUGGUGCAGCUUAAAGUUGUAUGGUUUUAAGUACAUUUUACACACCUUGGGAGCUGCCAGCAUUAUUUUUUUAGUGUGGCCAAACGUCAUACAGAAUUUGCACUGCGGUACAAGAUUCCAUUACUUGAAUUAAGAUGUCUUUCUUAAAAUUUUUUGAUGUUUUUCGUAGAUUCGAAACAAAUGAUAAGCAUAUUUAAGGGUUUUUUGUUUUGAAGUUUGUUUAUAAAUUCCGUAACUUUAAAGAUUUGUUUUUGAAAACUGGUUACUAUGCUUUCAGGAUUACAAAAAUGAUGAAGGCCUCUUAUCAUAACGCGUAUAUCUCGCGAUUGCUUGUCUUCGUAAAAGAACACGAAUAUUUCGAUUCAUUUAAUUUUUUUGUGAGGAUUAAGUAUUUUACACAAGCUUUUGCCAAUGACUUAAGAGUGUAUUAAGUUUUUACUUCUGCAUUUAUCAAGGAACACAUUAAGGGUUGGUUGAAGUUUUUUCAUACCAUACGAGUAAUUUAGUGAAUUUGUCAACGCACGAGAUAUAUUUUUCGCCGGACAUUUCUAUAAUGUCAAUAUGCAGUAUUUCUGUGGGAUACGAAGGUAUGGGUGUUGCCUGUAACUUGGGUUUUUGUGGAUGCCGGUCGUACUUAUUACAUCCGCAAAUUUCACAUGAUUUAGUAUAUUUUUUAAUAAGUUUGGUCAUUUGUGGAAAAUAGUAUUUUUCCAAUAUCUGGUCUUUAUUUUCUUUACCAUUGCGAUGGGCUCUUUUGUGUUCUUGUUCUAUUAUUUUAAAUUUGACAUCUUCGUCUGCGAUAUCGGUAACUACUUUCUGUGUUAUCCUGAUACGAAAUUGUGAGAAAUUGUCUUGAUAUAUUUGUUGUACUAAUGAAAUGUAUUUCUCUUGGAUUUUAAUUCCAUUGAUUAUGUUUGGGUUUAGAACGCUUUUCAAGAUUUUACUUAGGUUUUCUUUAUCGUAAACUUCACAUUUAAUGAGGUGUCUGUGGAAGCUUGGAUGAGGUUCUUCGUGUGUAAUUUCCUCCUUUCCUUCUGUAAAUAUAACUUGAAUUUUAAAUACGUUAAUUGGAGCUUCACAGUGAGGAAUGAGCUUUGAGCUAUCCUCUUCUGCGCUAUGUUGUGAAUUUUCAUCUGUGGAUGUUAGCGUAUUAACUUCUGUCAGGAGACCUCUUUUUUAUAUUUCGUUUUAGUUCAGUUUUUUUAUUCUCUUUUCAAUGUUCAAAUACAAAAAUGUUUUUAUGUUACAAAAGAAAUAUAUACGAAUUAUAUAAACGUUAAAUACAUGUAAUUAAAAGUAAUGUGUGUAUUCCACCGACGCCACUCGACGACUGAUUACGUGUUGAUGCCACCUCUUGACUAUUGCGGCUUUGUAGACAGGUUGUCAGAUUGUUGACAGUCGGCCUUUCCUGACAGGAAAUCGACCUCGAUUUCGGCGCCAUCGUAGUCUUCAGGAACUAGUUCAUCAUCAAGUUCGGGACAGUUGUGGCACCACGGCUUAAGUUUGCUUGACUCGUAAACGGAUGAGAAAGUUCGCGAUUUUAUUGGCAUACCCGGCACGUCUUCUAUUAAAUACCGAUCAUUAUUCAAUGCCUUCGCGAUACGAUAGGGUCCACGAUAUUUCGGUUCUAAUUUUCUCGACUCACCGGUUGCGGAAACUUCGUUUUCUAUGACUACUAAAUCGUUUUCGUUAUAUAUACGCGGAAGGGAAUGCCUUUCAUCGAAUCGUUUUUUCCAUUUUUCUCUUUCGCGCUCGAUAUUUUUGGAUGCAAGGAUACGUUUUUCGUCUAUCGGAAUAUUAUUAGUAGAUUCGUCUACGUCUUCAUGUACGGCGGCAACUAACUGAUUGUAUGCAAGAUCGCGUAAGCUAAAGUCAAAAAUGAGUUCGUUUGGGCUAUAACCCAACGUUUUAUUUUUCUGCGAGUUAAUAGAAAAUUGUAAAUUUCGUAACAUUAAGUCCCAUUCCUUUUGAUUAUCUACAGACGUCCGCAAAUAAUUAAGGAUUGUUUGAUUUGCGCGUUCGACUUGACCGUUUGACCGCGGGGUACGUACAGCUGUUUUAACGUGUUUUAUCCCGUUCUCUUCGCAAUAGGCCGUAAAUGUUUUGGAUGUGUAAGCGGUACCACGAUCAGAAAUUAGUUUAACCUGUAACCCAAAAUAGCUAGUUAUCUCGUUUAAGGUAUUUAUUACGUGAAUCGUCCGCGUGUCGCGCACCGCUUUAACGAUAAGGUACUUAGAAAAGGCAUCGGAUAUAGCCAAAAUGUAACAAUUUCCUUUUUUACUGCGAAUGAAUGGACCUAGGUGGUCAACGUGAAUUACGCGAAACGGUAUCGGUUCUAUCGGAUCGUAGUGCAUUACACCUUCAACUUUACCGGAUUGGGCUUUUCGAUAGCAACAAUCAAUGCACGCGGCGAUGUAAUUCUUUAGGUAUUUACGCAUUUGGGGAAACCAAAACUUACUACGAAUGCGGGUGAUAGUCUUCUCUAACGCAUGAUGACCCAUCUUGUCGUGGCAUAGUUGAGCAAUACGCCAUCGUACAGCUUUUGGAACGACGAACUUAAGGCCAUCGUCUUCUAGACGAUAAAGGCGGUGAUUUUGGAUUCGAAAAUAUUUCUUGAUUUCUGUUUCUCGAUCAGAUUUAACAUGACCUCGUAGAAUGGCGACUACUUCUCGUAACUUUUCGUCUUGAAUUUGCAUAGUGUAAAGCCAAUCGUUGACGUCGGCUUGUAUCUCGAGGAUAGAACCUACCGGUUCCACGUUUUCAGCGGGCUGUGCGAAGUGUUCCUCCAUAACGUUUUGUUUUUCAACCAGGACGAUUGGUGACGUGUACGGAGAUCCGGAUGGUCGUAUAAUUUCGUUUUCGAGUGAUUCUUUGAUGAUAUCGGCGUCGAUUGAAUUUUUAUCGAUUGUUGUGUCGGCACGUUUGCUUAAAGCAUUUUCGACACGACAACCACCGUUCUCAAUCACUAGUCGACUACCGUUUCUACAUAAACAGUCAGUUCCAAGCAAGAUAUUUUCGUUUAAUAAAUUGUCUUUCACGAUUAAAAUGUCACUUUCAAACUUCUCGUUGUCGAUUUCGACGAUUGCGUUUAUUUUUGCAUCGCAUACGUAUUUACCUCCACCGAAUCCGUUCAGUGUGAUAGAGCAUGUACUGAUACUACCGAGUUUUAUCGCAAAACUUUCUUUGACGAGAGUACGACUGCUUCCCGGAUCUACGAAAGCAUUUGUACUUACACCAUUAACUUUAAUUUGCUUUAAAAUACCGUCAGAGAUUUCGUUUUUCACUGGCUCGAUUGCCCUUACAGGGUUUGACUUUCCGGGACACAUUUCGGUUGUAUGGUUAGUGCGUUGACAUUUUCCACAACGAAUUUUUUUCUGUGGCUCCGGGCACUUAAUGGAAUAAUGCCCCGUUUUUGAACAGUUGUAACACUUUAUAUUUUCAUUCGAUUUAGGAAUUGUGUUACGCGUACCGAACGUAGGAUUUAUGGAUUGUAUUGGCUUUUGUUUAGAAUGCGUGUUUAUUUUACCGUCAUUAUAAAUUGAAUAGUUAUUUAUAUCACGCAACAAAUCAAUACACCGUGUAUAACUGUUCGAAAUUUUUCUUUUCAAAUCACUAUCAUUAAUACCGUUGAUAAUGUGAACAACAAUAUCGUUUUCAAAAAUACCACAUUUAUUGCCGUAAGCUACCAUACGAUAAUAAAAUUCUUGAGGAGAUUCGUUUUCCCCUCUUCUCAUUUGCGACAUUUUAAUAUGGGCAUCGGCGACACUGUGUAACGUUGGAAAAUCUUCAAUAAAUCGGUUUGAAAACGCGGACCAGGUCGUGUAUACAACAGGCAAGGAAUCAACCCACUGCUUGGCUGGUCCUUGCAUUUUCUGUUGCACAGCAAAAAGUAGAAAAUUGUCAUCGAUACUGUAUGCAUUACGUAGCAUUUCGACGCGUUGAAUAAACUGUAUAGCAUUUAAUGACGUCUUUGAAAUUGGAUUAAACGAUGGCAAUAGAUCAAUUAUUUCGCGCACAUUAAACGUUGGACGCGGUUGCCAAUUUUGCUGGUGGUGGAUUGGCGCAUACGGUGAAUCAGAUAUUACGGGACAAGUUGGAUAAACCGGAACAUGCGUGUACCUAGAGGUGUACUCAGGCACCGAAUAAGCUACUUGCUCAUACGUUUGUGUAGCCGGUAUCUGCAGCGAGGAUACCGGUAUUUGCGUUUGUGAGGUCGGUACCUGCAACAGAGGUACAGAGAAUUGCAUUUGCGUGGUUGGUACCUGCAACGGUGGUACUACUGAUUGCACGGUGUGUACGUUCGAGGAUCUCACAUAUGUAUUUGUAUCCAAUGGUGACGAAAUACGUGGUGGUACAAAGUCUGAAGAUGUUGCAGCAACAUUUUGCCGCAGUUCUAUUUCGCGAAUUGUCUUUUCUAACUCAGCAACUCGUUCUAACAAUACCGAACUAGCACUUUCGUAAUGCUCCUCGUUAUGUUUAUACCUCUCUAGACGAUUUAUGAGCGUAUUUUUGUUACCACUACAGGCGAGUCCUGCAUCUCUACACAUUUGUCUUAGAUCGACGACGUUUUUAUUUCGCAAAUUUUCCAUUAUCACGUUUUGUUUUGCUACCGAUGUUCAACGAGUUGAAGUUAACGCUAUCAGCGAGCAAAGUACGCUUGCGCGCUGAAUAAUAAACGAGCGUAGCAAAACAAACACACGAUGAAUUUUCGUUGUAUUCGUUUAUGUUGUGACUACGGCACAACACAUUCCAAUGAUAUAAGCGAAUCAAUGGAACUCGUAGAACGUUAAAAAUAUUAUGCGAGCGUAUGGCUGUGUGAAACGUAAGUGAGAAACGAUUUACGAAUAUAUGGCGACAAUGUGAUGAACGAUCGUUGUAUUCUUUUUCGUCAACGAUAUGUGUGCAUGCGUGAGUGGAAUAACCACACUUCAAUUUCUAGCGAGUGUUGUUCAGCUUAUUUUGCUGAAUGAAGAGCGACGAAACGAAAUAAAAUGAGAGAUAACGAACUCUCUCUGAGCUUGCGAGAAGCAACGACACAAUUUUAAAUUAACGUCACGAAUGUUCAGCGGAGCCCCGAUUUCCAAGAACUCUGCCAGCGGAGUCUUAACUUUGGAAUUUUUUUUUUUCAUUUAAGAAAUACAACGUUAUAUAUAUUUUAAACGGCGAAUUUACGCUUUCAGACGUUUUUACGAUUAUUUUUAUUAAUUCACAUAGUUUUUGACGACAUACGUAUUUUUUCUCACAAAUUUACGUUUUUACGCGUAGAUUUUUAAUCUCACUUCUGAGGCUGUCAGGAGACCUCUUUUUUAUAUUUCGUUUUAGUUCAGUUUUUUUAUUCUCUUUUCAAUGUUCAAAUACAAAAAUGUUUUUAUGUUACAAAAGAAAUAUAUACGAAUUAUAUAAACGUUAAAUACAUGUAAUUAAAAGUAAUGUGUGUAUUCCACCGACGCCACUCGACGACUGAUUACGUGUUGAUGCCACCUCUUGACUAUUGCGGCUUUGUAGACAGGUUGCCAGAUUGUUGACACUUCUAUUUGCAGCCGUGAUAACGCAUCGGCGACUACGUUUGUUUUUCCUGGUUUGUAAAUUAGUUUAUAAUUAUAUUCUUCUAUCCUUGCUUUCCACCUUUUUAACUUGCGAUUGUUAUUACUGUUGCUUAAUGCAAACGUCAGUAGCUGGUGAUCAGUAAGAAUUUUUAUUUCCUUAGCUCCAUACAGGUAAGUCCUUAAUUUGUCGAGGGACCAUACUAUGGCGAGCAUUUCUUUCUCUAUUGUCGAGUAAUUCUCUUCGGUUUUGUGGAGUGAUCUAGAGAUGUAAGUUAUGGGUCUGUCUUGACCGAUUAUCCCUUGUGAAAGGACUGCUCCGAUUGCAGUAUUGGAAGCAUCUGUCGUCAGAAUAAAGGGUUUGUUGAAGUCUGGGAAUACCAGAAUUUCAGAAGAUGUAAGCAAAUAUUUUAUGUCAUUGAAUGAUUUCAAGCCUUCCUCUGUUAGUGAAAUUUGUAUCCGUUUGGAUUGACUUACUUUUAUUUGAGCAUUUUUCCCUCUAGUUAAAUUGGUAAGUGGCUUGACAAAUUUUGCAAAGUCUUUUAUAAAUCUCCUAUAAUACGAUGCUAAACCCAGGAAACCUUUUAAUUCCUUAAGGUUAGCAGGUGCGGGAAUUUUUUUAAUAGCGGAUAUUUUGUCAGGAUCUGGCAAAAUACCUUCGCCGGUAACGAUGUGACCUAGAAAAUUUACUUCUGUUCUAAAAAAUUUGGAUUUUUUCAGAUUGACUUUUAAAUUUUAUUUGUGCAAAAGCAUGAACACAUCUUCAAUAUUUCGUAAGUGUUCCUCUUUAGUUUUUCCCAUUAUUAUAAUGUCAUCGAUAUAAACGUAGCAGGCUUUUCCUAAAAGCGUUUUGAGAACAUCAUUGAUCAUUCUCUGAAAAAUGGAAGGGGCAUUUUUAAGACCAAAUGGCAACCUAGUAAAUUCAUAUUUACCAUUGGCUGUAGAAAAAGCUGUCUUUUCUAUGUCCUUUUCCUUCAUCCUGAUUUGGUGGAAUCCGGAUGUAAGGUCGAGUGUAGUAAAAUACUUACAUUCGCCUAAGCCAGCGAGAGUGUUGUAUAUAUCAGGUAUUGGAUAGGAUUCAGGUAUAGUUUUUGCAUUUAGUCGUUUAAAAUCAACAACUACUCUAUACUUUUUUUCUCCUGAUGGACCUGGUUUUUUUGGAACAAUCCACAAUGGAGAGUUAUAUGGACUCUUUGAAGGCCUUAUUACACCAUUGUUUAGAAGUUCUUUUACUUGUUUUCCCACUUCGCCCCGUAGGUUGGUUGGGUAAGGAUAUGGAUUCAUGUUCAUAGGGGUUUUCUUGAAUAUUAUUUGUUUAGAGAUAUUUUGUUUUAGUGGCAGUACCACAUCCUUGAGGGUUAUUGUGUCAUUUUUUCUAUUUAAGAUUGCUCCCAAUUCUUUGAGGGUAUCAUCGCCAAUGAUGCCAUCAAAGGAUUUUAAAUUGGGUAAUGUAAAGAAAUCAAAAUUAUUUGUAAUACCUAUACUUCCGAAGAAUGGUCCACGUAAAUUAUGGGUUAUAUUUACUUGACCUGUGGCUGAGUGAACCUUAAAAGGACACUCAAGUUUCAUUGAAUUUUUUGAAAGUUCUUUGGAGACAAAGUUUUUAUUAGCUCCCGUAUCUACAAGGAACUUCGCGAUAUCCCCGCUCUUUAAAGUUAGUUCUAAAUAAGGUAGGGUAGACAGGCGUCUGUCAUAAAAUUUAUUUCCUCGUCCUCUGUUUGGACAUUAAAUAAUUUUUGGGAUUUCCUAGGGAUAUUUGAAGAAUAAUUGGAUGGCCUUACUAUAAGCGUAUUUUUCGGUCGAUUCAUAUAGUUUAUUCUUCGUGAGUGUAUUGAAGGGUCCACCUCCAUAGGGAUUGCUGGUUUAGGAUUGGUUGGUCUAGGUGGUGGCGGUGCUUGAUUUUGCAUGUUUUUAUUAGAGAUUAAAUUUUUUUCGGCAGGGUUUAAUACCCUUGGUACAAAUAUUGGUUUUGGAUUCAUUUGAUGUUUUUGCAUUUGAUUAGAGCUACCUCCAUUUUUUGUAUAUGUUGAAUAGUUUCUUAAGUUAAUGUUUUGAAUUUCAAGGCAGGAAGCGUAUGCUUCGGGUAGGUUGCUGGGGCGUUGAAUGACUAGCAUUCUAGACAAUUCACCGUUUAGGCCUCUGAUAAAUAUAUCAAGGGCUCGAUUCCUAUAGGUUUCCAGUAGAACAUUAUUUGUUUCUCUUGAAUAAUCAUGACUCUUUAUUUUGUUUAUCUUCAGCGAUAGUUGGUGAUUGACUCUUGCGUAGAAUUGCUCUACGCUGAAGUGUUUUCAGGAUAAGGUUCCUAGUUCAUGUUCUAGAGUCCUAAGAUCGCGUUUGUCUGUAUAGUGUAGUGACAAACAAUUUUUGAUUGUUCCCCAAUCAUCAUUGAAUAUGUUGUAUGAAAUUAAGGCCGUAUCUGCAGGGCCUUUAAUUUUCUGCCUAAUAUGUCGUAGGAUGGCUCUAUACAGUGGCUUUGUUCUGACUAUUUCGUAGUCCUGCAAAAUAGAUUCGACGUUGUGGAUCCAGGAUAUGAAUUGGAUCGGAUUUCCUUCGAAUGUUGGGAGGUUCUUCACGCUGUAAUCUGCUAAUUUCUAUUAAGUCUGACUCAGUUAAGUGAAUAUGGUUAUUUGAAAUAGAACUUUCGUUAUGGGGACUAAUUCUACUUUCUAACUGAUUUAUCCUACUGCUCAAUAUUUUUGAUUGUUCUAUUUGUGCAUUAACAGCACCUGUUAGGUGUGUAAUAGCUUCUUGAAUUUUCUCCAUUACUGUGAUUUACAAUUUCGACUAUUUAUUGCUUUAACAGUAUGAUACUUUAUAUAUAUUUAUUGCUAUUAACAAUUUUUUAAAUUUUUUAUAUAUCGGGUACUUAUUGUAAUACUUAAAAUGUAUUUGACCGAUAUUUAUUGCUAUGCAAUAUUUUUAAUAUAUCGGGUAGUUAUAAUUUUUAUGUAAGCUUAAUAUUAACUUACAGGAGUAUCAGCAUCAAUUUUGUCAUUCUCUUUGGACGGUCCACUUGGUCCUGUUUGAAGCGUUAGUCCUCUACUGGGGGGGUGGAUGACGGCACUCCAGGCGUUGAUUUGGCGGCUUCUUGUUUCAGUUGCCCACUUUAUAAGUAUUUUUAAUUUGAUUUGUCAAACACUUAGCUUUAUUGUUUAACAAAUCUUAAGAUAUGUCACGACACUUGACGCGCUUUUGUUUUUGCGGCGUUUUUUGCGUACACUUGUAAUUUAAAUUUCUGAACAAGGUUUUAAAUACUGUGUUUAAUGACUUAUGUCAAACUCGACUGCACUUUCUAAAAAAUUAAAUUCCGUCGUGGAUAAUGAUAUUUGUGCGUACGGAUUCACUUUAAUACUUUUGGUGUAGGCAACUUCAAGUUUUUUUAAGUUCUCGGGCGCCAGUUAAUGGUUGCCACCAGAUGAUUAACAACACGAUGUUUUGAAUGGUGAAGUUUAACUCGAAUUUCUUUAUUAAACACAUUUCUUUUAUACAGAAUUUGCUUAUUUACUAUAAACUUACAUAUGUACGAAUUCUUACUUACUAGUACUUAUUUCUAUAUACUCUAUAAUGAUAAGUAAGCAAUAAUUAUAGCGAAACAGCAAAGCUCAGUUUGGUCAAGAAACGGCCUACAUUGCGGCGGCACGGCUUCCGCUCUGGUUCAGUGCCGACGAAAUGUGCUGUUGUUGUAAUUUUUGGAAAUUAACUUUAUUGAGCAAUGAUAUUGUAUAUUUACAGAAUAUUGCUGAAUUGAGUAAUAUCAGUAUAUUUUGCUAGCUACGACAACUUUGUUGUUAUACAUUUUGUUAGCUAUGCUAGCUGUGAUAACUUGCAUAUUGGUCACCGGAAAAUCGUGUGUCCCAAUCGCACAAAAAGUACAUAUAUUUUAUAUAGCCGCUUUGAAGAUCGCAAAGCAUUGCUACAACUUUUAAAUCGCAGCAUAUGCGCCACAUACAUAUGUAUGUUCGGCGUAGUUAACCAUUUUUAAAGUAAUUUCUAGUGCAUCAUAUGUUUCUUUCGUUUCUGUACUAUAGGCGAUUGGAACUGAUGGUUUUUUAUUGGUCUUAUGCAGUAAAACCGCCUUCAAGCUGAGUUUUGAACUCUCAAUAAAUAACCUCCAGUCAUCUGCUUCAUAUUUUAUUUCCAUUGCGUUCAUCAAUUUUCCUUCGGGCAAUAUGCAAAAGUUUUUUCAUCAUUCACAAGGAAUAAACUUUGGAGUGUUGCCUGACGACUUCGAUAAGCUGUGACUUUCACACCGGGUGCCAACAAAUUGUUUGAUUUCAAAAUGGAAGCCAGCUCUUCCGAUUUAUGCUGUGUUAAUUCCAACUUGGCCACAAUUGAAUCAAGCUUAUUUUGAUUUAUUAAAAUUGGCUCAUUGGAUGCUGAUGGCUCAUAUGGGGGAUCAUCACGUGCAUGAUAUAUCGGAGCAGUCGUAAAAGAGAAAAUAUCUGGGCUAAAACCUUUUGGCACAGGAAUGUGGUUCGAAUGAGGCAACUUGCAAAACCAACGUAAUUAUACGAUUUUCUUAUCCUUUUUGCGGCUCCUUUAUUCACACAUGCAUAGCAAUUCAAUGGAUUGUGACCUUCGCCAGGAUUAGUCCAAGUCAUUGGGAUACCGAAUGGCAUACUUUCACGUCUUCUAUUUUUCCAAUCCAUUAGACGGUACGCGGGAUUUGGAACCCAAUUUUCGUUCACUAUAACAUUUUGGUUGAAGUACAUCUCGUAUGUUUGAACAAAAUCAGUACUGAAAUUUCCCCUUUUUUUAUGUGUUGAGACAUAUUGACCACAGCAGUAGCAAAAGCUAUUUAGCUUUGCACAGUACCAUAUUUUGUUCUCUUUUGUUCACUUUUAAAAAAUUUGAGAAAAAUUACUUUUACUGUUCGCGUUCGUCGGCACUUGUUGAAUGACAAAAAUCACAGAACCAGUGUGAGAAAGAGAAGAAGUAUAAUGAGAAUGAAUGCAUGUUUUAUGUGAACAUUACAGAACCAGUGUUGCUGGAUUUUUUAUGAAUUUAAAAAUUCAUUUUUAACUUCGAAAGUGUUGCACAUAUAGGAAAACGUAUAGAAAAAGAUUAGAGAAACUGUAUUUCUUAAUUUUAUUUCAUCAAAAUCGGACAAGUGGUUCGCGAGUUAUGUUAAACUACGUUUUUGCCAAAAUAUUACAACUAAGCGAAAAAACAUCAAGAUAAGGAAAAAAUUUAAAAGGUCAUAAAAAAACUGACACAUACGAACGCCAAACCCUUUGAGGGUUUUACUAUACUGACCUAGUACCAUCACCCUGACUUGGAAUUUCUCACCCCCCAGAUUAGCUGUUGUACUGUGUAUUUGGUAAGACAUCCCUUUUGUUUAAGCACUUAAUUUAACCUACUUGGCAUAUUUUCAACAAUUUUAGCAGUGUAUGCCGGCGAUAUAUUAUCCCAUUCCUGCUGCAGCUUAAUUAUCAGGUCGGUUACUGAAGAAAUCGUAUGUUUGCGAAUUUGACGAUCUAAUUCAUCCCACAGGUUUUCGAUGGGGUUAAUAUCCGGGGAUUGGGGAGUAGGGUGGGUCGAUUCCGGACUUUUUUCGAUUCGGGAUUUCUAAUAGUGCGGAAAAGUUGCCUUAGUACUUCCUGAUUCCAAUGCAACUUUUUGUUUUGAGAUCGGAUUGCAUCUUCAACCCCAACUCCGGCCUUGAAAUUUCGGAAAUUCGCCUAAAAUCGUGAAAUUGUCUACCUAGCGCCUGAAAUACGCAUCUCAUGGCAAAAUGUAUAAAACAAAAGUUAUUUUUCACGUCAUUUGCUACCGGAAUGGUAUAUGUGAUCAUGGGCGUAGGACGAACCGUUCCCGAGAUACGAGCGAAAAUGCGGCGCGCCACAGCGCAAGAUGAAAAUCGGCUUGCGGCCACACUUCUUGACGUUGAUUUCGGGGAGUGCAAUCACUCACAUUCAUUCAUCUGUAUGUAUUUUGACGGCCGCAAAGACAAUACACUUACACAAGUCAGCGAAGGUGAAAAGUACUACCGCGACACUGUCAAAGAGGAACAUAUUUCUCUUAUAGCGGAACCUGGUUGUGAUUACUUUGGCCACGUCACUUCUCCUUCCAGGUCAGCUGAGGAUGAGACGCAAGCUAUAUGGCAACAUUUACAAGACAAUUCAGUUGAUGUGGAACAUCUAGAAGUUGUCGGUGCUGAUGGCACCAACACGAACACAGGUUGGAAAGGUGGAAUCAUUCGGAAACUAGAAGAAAAAAUAGGUACGCCAUUACAAUGGGUUGUUUGUCUUCUACAUUUCAACGAACUUCCAUUUCGUGCUCUUUUCAUACACAUAGAUGGUGUCUCAAAGAGUCCAAAUACAUUCUCUGGCGACAUAGGUAAACUGCUCCCUGAUUGUAAGAAGUUGCCUGUUGUCAAAUUUGAAAGUUUUCCAUCCUGCCAAUUACCUUCUGAGGUUAUUAAUCCGACCCAACUUAGCACAGACCAAGCUUAUCUCUAUAAAAUAUCAGAAGCUGUUAUUUCCGGUCAAUGUUCCUUAGAUUUAGCGUCGAUGCAUCCAGGUAACAUGUGCAAAUCUCGCUGGCUCACCUGUGCAAAUAGAAUUCUGAGAUUAUACAUUUCUACUGACAAAUCAACAAAGGAAAUAAAGAUUUUGGUCAAGUACAUACUUACAGUUUACUCACCUUUGUGGUUCUCAAUAAGAUUCAACAGUUCAAUCAAAGAUGGCUCGGGCCAUCUCUAUGCUGCAAUUCAAAGGUCGAGAUACUUACUUGCUAAACUGCGCAAGGUUGUCGAUUCAUCCAUUCAACAGAAUACUUUCUUUGCUCUUCCAGAAAACAUUCUCCUUAGUAUGAUGACUGACGAACGGAUAGAAGUCAGAAAGUUGGCCCUUGACCCUCUUCUGGCAGCCAGAGAAGCAGAGUCAGACACUGUAAAUGGAAGGGUUAGAUGUAAUAAAGUGCCAAAGCUGAAUUUCAAAGCUAAUAAUUAUUACGAUAUGAUUAACUGGAAGACUGUUCCACCAGUUCUUUGUUCAGUUUCUAAAGAAGAACUCAUAAAAGGGCUGUCGGGAGACACUGCAGAGAUAUGGAAAUUUAGUGAAUUCCCCUCUCACACCGUGGCAGUCGAGAGAAUCGUCAAACUGGUGACAGAGGCAUCUUCUAAAGUUAUUGGCCCCCAAUCUCGUGAUCUUUUUAUACGCUCUACUCUGAAAUCUAGGCAACAAGUACCAAAGUUUAGUACAAAAUCUGAUUUUAUCAAUAAAUUUGACACAGAUUCAGACUAAAACAAGCCUGACAUAUGUUGGUUGGUUGGGUUGGGCUUGGGAGGAACCCGAAGAGCAGCCACCUCCACGCGAUGGGUUCUGGGUGACCAAUACAGGUUAGCUGAGAGCUGCAACAAUUUUCACCUUGCGCUGUGGUGCGCCGCCUUUCCGCUCGUAUCUCGGUAACGGUUCGUCCUACGCCCAUGAUCACGUAUACCAUUUCGGUAGCAAAUGACGUGACAAAUAACUUUUGUUUUAUACAUUUUGCCAUGAGAUGCGUAUUUCAGGCGCUAGGUAGACAAUUUCACGAUUUUAGGCGAAUUUCCGAAAUUUCAAGGCCGGAGUUGGGGUUGAAGAUGCAAUCCGAUCUCAAAACAAAAAGUUGCAUUGGAAUCAGGAAGUACUAAGGCAACUUUUCCGCACUAUUAGAAAUACCGAAUCGAAAAAAGUCCGGAAUCGACCCACCCUAUUGGGGAGGUGGGUGGAGCACUUUGGGGCAAUUAUAAAGAAGCCACUCUUGCACUAACCACGUUUUAUGUUUCGGGUCGUUAUCCUGGUAAAAUUUGAACGACUCUAAAAAACCAAAUUUUUUUGCGCUACAUUUUAAAUUGGUUUUUAGGAUAUUAAGAUGCUACUCUUUAUUCAUUAUCCCACUAAUAAAUCUAGUUUCCCGGCCCCUUUUGCGCCCAUACACCCCCACACCAUAACGUGGCCAUUGCCAUGCUUUACUGUGGGCCUCAAAUUUUUCGGUUGCAGCUCUUCAUUAGGUUUUCGCCAUACUUUUACACGUCCGUCCGACUCAAAGACCUUGUAUUUUCUCUCAAUUUUUUGGUUUAGAAAUAUAUUCCUUGGUGAAUUUUACAUGUGCUUGUCUAUUUUUUGGUUGCACCAAAGGCUUACGUCGCGCAAUUUGGCCAUUAAAACCCCUAGCAUUAAGGGUUCUUCUGAUAGUAGACGACGAGACCUUUUUACCAAACUCUUCCGCAAUCUCUGUGGCAAUUUUUGGUGCACUUAAGGGUGGGUUUGCGUUUAUUUUUCGUUCGACUGCCUUUUGGUCUCUCUCACUGAGCUUCUUAGGCUUACCUUUUUUCCUUUGCGUCCCAUUAGAAUUAUCUGUCUAAAAUCAAACUAUUUGAAGCAUAUUUAAAUCAGAGUUAAUGUUUAUUUAUAAUACCUUAAACAAAUUUUUCAGAAAAUCACUUUUAGCUCACUUUUUACCCACAUAAACUCCAAGCGCGGGGAAAAAUCGAAUAAUAAUGACGCGUCGUUUUCUAGUAAACUGUAAAUAUUGCACGGUUGCAUUUUAUAGAGUGAUUCAAACAAAAAGUACAGUCAUUAUUUUUUGAUAUUUAAAAAAAGAAUUGUCUCAUUUAAUACUUAUGUAUAUUUAAAAAUAUGCAGGUAUUAAGUUAAAGAAAACUAAAACGGAAUAUUAAUGACUCUGACUGUACAUAUGUAUGCAUUCAAGAAUUUAUCGAUACACUAAUACAUA